GGCAGCCCAGCGACACUUGGGCCAGCAUGUAGGAUAGACAUGUCUCCGCGUCCUCUGCGCCGCACGAGCAUCCUGGGUGUGGAGACUUCACCCCGUCCACGAAUCCCUCGCACCAUGUGCCCGCGUGCCAUUCCUCCCUCUCCCGAACCGGCCGCGCUGUGCCGGGUGUCGGGAUGCCCGUCGGACCCGCUCGCUGAAUUUCCAGCGCCCGGAGCACCUGCUCCGCGCGCAGCCGGGAGGCCGCUGCCUCCGGAGACCUCUCGAGAGCCUCAAGUCCCCCGCCGUCCCCGCGUGACCCGCCGCUCCCCGCGCAACAGUUGGCGGGCCGGGCGGUGCGCGCGCUCCCCGGCCGUGCGCGCCAGGCGCGCCGGGCAGCAGGGCGGCAGGCGCGGGCAGGGGUCGCGGCGCGGAAGCCUGGCACUCCCCCAGGCGCGGGCCCGGCCCCUCUCCAGAUGCUGCCGCGCGCCGGCCGCCCCCCCGUGCGCCUGUGCCUCCCCGGGCGCCCAGUGCGCAGGCGCCGGCCGUGAGGAGCGACCGUGCGCCAGGCUCCAGCGGGUCGGAGCGGCGGUAGCGGCGGAGACCUGGGGACUGGCGGACUGACGGGCGGACGGGCCAUGUCGCCCCGCAUCUGCUGAACUGGAGUGCCCGAGGAUGUCUGCGCUGAGGAAGCCCCCUGUCUAAGGAACUUUUCUCCUGGUCUGUGGCACCUGCUCACAGACACUCUGGAUGUAGGCUUCUGUGCUUCGGCCUCUGGGGGGCGGUCACGAGCCGUUGUAGCACCUAAGGUUGACUCAGCCCUCUAGAGCCCACUGUCACCCUGGGCCUGACCCUUCCCCUUGAAGAGAAGUGGACAGAGAACAGUGGAUGUCUGCAGCUUCAAGCAGGGGCCUUCCCACCAUCUGAGGCCCGGCCGUAGCAGCCCAGGUUCCCAGCAGCUGCCCUCGAUCGCCCGGCCUGCGCCGGCUCUGCCGCCAUGGGGACCGCUCAGUGUCUAGAAUCUCCGUGUCUUGAUUACGGAAUUUCAAAGCAAGAACUAGUUGGAAAGGUUUUGCCCGGCAUUCUACAGAAGCAUUGCUGUAUCUUACCAGACAGGAACACAGAGUCACAGUGCACCCUCUGCGGAGAGCCGGAAGAGGAGGAGGGCGCGGACCUGGCCCAGCCGGGCAUCAGCUUCCCGGGGCCGGCUGAGGACGACCCAGACCAGCAGUAUUCAUGGUCCCCGACUCCGCACUUCAAUGAAGAGAGGUACUCCCCCGCACCGAGGACUAUGAAGGGCUUAUCUGGGAGUCGGAACCCGCCGCUGUGCUCUGGCCACACAUGUGGCCUGACGCCGCCCGAGGACUGCGAGCUAGGCCACCUGCACCACGGCCCCGAGGCGCGGCCGCCCUACCUGCUCAGCCCUGCCGACAGCUGCCCGCUGGAGCACCACCGCUGCUCCCCGCGGACCUCCAUCCACUCCGACUGCGUGAUGCUGCCUGUGGUGCUGGGCGACCACGUGUCCAGCAGCACCUUCCCCCGCAUGCACUAUAGCUCCCACUAUGACAGCAGGGACGACUGCGCCGUGGCCCACGCAGGCGCCAAAAUCAACCGCAUCCCGGCCAACCUGCUGGACCAGUUCGAGAAGCAGCUGCCGCUGCACCGGGACGGCUUCCACACGCUGCAGUACCAGCGCGCCUCCGCGGCAGCCGAGCAACGCAGCGAGAGCCCCGGCCGCAUCCGGCACCUGGUGCACUCGGUGCAGAAGCUCUUCACCAAGUCCCACUCCCUGGAGGGCUCGUCCAAAGGCCACGUCAACGGCACCAGGGCCGACGGCAGGGCGGACGAGCACGCGCACGGCCACCACGCCAAGCACGGCCGGCGGAGCAAGAGCCGCGAGCGCAAAGUGGAGGGCCGGCCGCGUGGGGGCCCAGGCAGCUGGUGGGGCUCAGACGACAACCUGGACAGUGACAGCACCUGCCGCGCCUCCAGCGCGCUCGGCCGGCCCCACGCAGAGCCUUUGGCCCGCUGCUACCCCGACGCGCUGCCCGGCCCCUUCGGGGACCUCUCGCUGAGAACCUCCAAAAGCAACAAUGACGUCAAGUGCUCGGCCUGCGAGGGCCUGGCCCUGACGCCCGACACCAAGUACAUGAAGCGCAGCUCCUGGUCCACGCUCACCGUGAGCCAGGCCAAGGAGGCCUACCGCAAGAGCUCCCUGCACCUGGACAAGCCGCCCGGGCCCCCAGAGUUGAAGCCGCCGCUGCGGCCCUGCCACUACCUGCAGGUGCCCCAGGACGAGUGGGCAGGGCGCCCCACGGGGGGCAGAGACGACGAGAUCCCCUGCAGGAGGAUGAGGAGCGGGAGCUACAUCAAAGCCAUGGGCGAUGAGGACAGCGGGGACUCGGACUCCAGCCCCAAGACGUCCCCCAAGCUGGCCCUCCGGCCGGAGCCCCUGCUCACAUCCAUCGGACAGAGGCCGCUGGGAGACCUCCAAACCCAGAGCUACCUGCAAGCUGCCAGCGACGGGCCUGCCAGCCACGGGCUGGACCCCUCUGCCAACUACAACUCCCCGAAGUUCCGCUCUCGGAACCAGAGCUACAUGCGCGCCGUCAGCACCCUCAGCCAGGCCAGCUGCGUGAGCCAGAUGAGCGAGGCCGAGGUCAACGGGCAGUUCGAGUCGGUGUGUGAGUCGGUCUUCAGCGAAGUGGAGUCUCAGGCCAUGGACGCGCUGGACCUCCCAGGAUGCUUCCGGACACGCAGCCACAGCUACCUGCGCGCCAUUCAAGCGGGCUACUCCCAGGACGAUGAGUGCGUGCCCCUGACCAUCCCCGCUGAUGCCGCCUCCACCAUCCGGCCCACAGGCAUCACCUAUGCCAGCUACAAGAAGACGCCGCCCCCCGUGCCCCCCCGCACCACCUCGAAGCCCCUGAUCUCGGUGACGGCGCAGAGCAGCACUGAGUCCACACAGGACGCCUACCAGGACAGCCGUGCCCAGAGGAUGGCCGCCUGGCCCCCAGACGGCCGCGGCCUCUACAAUUCCACGGACAGUCUGGACAGCAACAAGGCCAUGAGCUUGGCUCUGGAGACGGCCGCGGCCCAGCGCCACGCCUCUGAGGGCCAGGGAGGCGCCACGCGGACCGGCGACAAGGCCAUCCUGGCGUCCAAGGCAGAGGAAUUCCUCAAGAGCCAGCGCUCCUCCAUUGGGGUCCAGGAUUCUGAAUUCCCAGAGCAUCAGCCAUACCCAAGGUCAGAUGUGGAGACAGCUACAGACUCCGACACGGAGAGCCGGGGGCUGCGGGAGUACCACUCGGUGGGCGUCCAGGUGGAAGAUGAGAAACGACACGGACGCUUCAAGCGCUCCAACAGUGUGACGGCCGGGGUGCAGGCGGACCUGGAGCUGGAGGGCUUCCCAGGACACGUCACCACGGAGGACAAGGGCCUGCAGUUCGGGUCCUCCUUCCAGAGGCACUCGGAGCCCAGCACCCCCACGCAGUACGGGGCGGUGCGCACCGUCCGGACCCAGGGGCUCUUCAGUUACCGGGAGGACUAUCGGACCCCUGUGGACACUGCCAACCUGCCCCCUCCCGACCCCUGGCUGGAGCCGUCCUUGGACGCGGUGGAUGGCGGGCGUGUGUCUCCAUGCCACAGGGAUGGCGCAUGGUUCCUGAAGCUGCUGCACACGGAGACGAAGCGGAUGGAAGGCUGGUGCAAGGAGAUGGAGAGGGAAGCCGAGGAGAACGACCUCGUGGAGGAAGUCCUUGGCAAGAUCCGGAGUGCCGUGGGGAGCGCCCAGCUGCUGAUGUCCCAGAAGUUCCAGCAGUUUUACUGGCUCUGCCAGCAGAACAUGGACCCCAGCGCCAUGCCCAGGCCCACCUCCCAGGAUCUGGCCGGCUACUGGGACAUGCUGCAGCUGUCCGUUCAGGAUGUCAGCAUGAAGUUCGAUGAGUUGCACCAGCUGAAGCUCACCGACUGGAAAGUAGUCGAAUCCCCGGAGAGGAAGGAAGAAAGAAAGGUCCCCCCUCCAAUACCAAAGAAGCCCCCCAGAGGGAAACUCCCCAUCACCAGAGAGAAGUCUCUGGACCUGCCGGACAGACAGCGGCAGGAGGCGCGGAGGCGGCUGGCGGCGGCCAAGAGGGCGGCGUCCUUCCGCCAGAGCUCGGCCAGCGAGCGGGCCGACAGCAUCGAGAUCUACAUCCCCGAGGCCCAGACGCGGCUCUAGGGCGGGGCCAUACCCCGCCCCGCGGAGCCUUAGCCGCGCCGAGCGCCACCCCCUCGUCACUCCCGUCUCAUUCCUCCAGCGAGUCCGCCCCGCCGUCAUGUUUGUGCCAUAAACACCCUGGAGCGCCCGGACGUCCGAGCUCACGGCCACAGCGACUUCUCCCAGACUGCCCGGAUGCCCACCCCCGGGGCCGGAGCGGCGUGGGGACCCCUGACGCACCCCUCUGUUCCCAGAGGGGGUCGAGGAAACCGCUUGAGAUGGAACCCAGUUCACACUUUGUUAUUUAUAUUUUUAUAAAAUCGUGUGAUAUUAGAGGCGAGAAUAACAAACAACUGUGAAAGGGUGUGUCUCAGCACUCUCAAGGCAUUAGAUACCCCAAGAGAAGGUGCUACAGCUUGAGUGCAGGAAAGGAAGACCCCCACCCCGCGGCCUGGGGUCCCUGUGCCCUGAACCCGGCGACCCUUCACAUGGUUCCUGUGCCAAGUCCAUGGUGAUGAGGAGUCGUCUCUGCAGCCACCAAGCUCCCCGUCUCGCGCUUCUCUGGAAACCUGGGGUGGAAGUCCACCUCUGCCCCCGCAAACUCAGCACAGCAUCUCCACGGCCAGAAGUCAGCUGAAUGUCCAUCCACACAGGGAGAGACAGACGGAAACAGAGAGUCUUAAGAGAGGUCGACUCUUCUGUAGCAGGGGUACAAAGAGAACACACUUGUCUUUAAUCAGAUAAAAGAGUCGUUUAUUUUUUAUCCCUUUGUAACUUAAACUAUCACCCACGGUUCUGUCUCUAAGUUUCACCCUUUAUGCUCCAUGUGAUUUUUUUUUAUAGAUGUAUAUAUAUUCUCAAAUGCUCUAUCAGUUGACUUUCCAGGGUAUCCUUUAAAAAACAAAAAACAAAACAAAAAAAGUUUGCUUGUUUAAAAUGACAGUUGUGAUGCUGUAAAAAGUUUAAGAAAUAUGAAUGUGUGUGGUAAGUAUAUCUCAGUUUAAAUGGUAAAGAAGAAAUGUGGUUUACAUUGUAUUUUUCCAGAAUUCUUUUGUUCUAUGCAGUACAGCUGAAGUCCAGAAUAUAUUUCUUGCCUGUUUUUGACAUGACAAAAAAAAAAAAAAAGGUCACAUUGUGCUUUCCAGCUGUGGACUUUCAGAAAAGUAAUUUGUUUUCGUGAGUCUGAUUGGCAAGGAGAAAAAUAGGAAGGUCUCUAAUGGAAGGUUUUCCAUUCAUCUCGUUAAAUUUAGAUGCCGGGACCAUUGUUCCAACUGGAUGGUUGUGUGUCUGUUGAGACACCACCUGAAAGGAAGCGCCCAUGGACUUACCCACUUGACCCCAGACUAGAGUCCUCGCUGUGACUCCAGGUAAAAGCAGGGGCCACAGCGUUUCCGCGGGACGCCGUGUGCCCCGCAGCCCUGGGAGUGCGGGCCCCCAGCCCAGCAGCACAGACCCCCCUCCAUAGCACUUUGUUUUCCUGUUUGACUCGCACUUUAAGACGCACCGCCCUCCACGCCUCUGGCGUGAGAGCCCCGGCGGCGUCCUUGCACAGGCAGGCGCCUGCCGCCCGCCGCGUCUCUCUUCCUCAUAGUCCACAUUCCACGAAGCAUGGGGUUCGUAGGAGCACAGGUGAUAGCAAAGCAUGUAUAGCUUCACAGUUUUACUUUUUUAAAGCUGAGUAGUUAAGAAGUCCCUGUAAGAACAAAACCCUGUAAAUGGAACCUCAUAUCUGGUAUAUAUUUUACCAAACAGCCUUAAAAUAUAUUUGGAAGCAAAAAUCAGUACGAAUGUAUAUCCUUGAAAAAUGCAAAAAAAAAAAAAAAAAAAAAAACACCCUGAAAUAUUCUUCUAUAAAUGAGCCCUAUUUCCCCAGAGUAUUCUAAGCAUUUUUUUCUACCUAAAUAAAUACCUAAAUCCUGAGUAGUAUACAAUAAAGAUGCUUCUUCCUAUAUUUAGUAUACUCUGUUAAAGACAAAUGUAUUUGCAAGCAUUGGCAUUUUAGACUUUAAACAUGAUGUGUUAUUAAGACGAACAGCUCUCUAGAAAUAACCACAGGAAAUUGGGUGUGACUCCCGACGAGGGGAGAUGUAAAAUGCAAACGUGCUUGCAGCCUCCUCAGGUGUGCCUCACCUGGAAGCUGAUGGGUUUUAUCUCAUUUCCUUGAACUUGUACAAAAUGGCUAUCAACCAACUAUAAAAUUAGACAACAAUGAUUCUAGAUCCCAGAUUCUCUGAUCCCCACUUAAAAGCACUCACUGAAUUUGGAUUAAUGUUUUUAUGUUUUGUAUACUCAUUUUUUUAUCUUAAACCCCCCCAAAAUCUUGACCUGAACCAUCCAUAGGUGAGCAGAUUCACCAAACUAAAUUGGACAUCGGUUGUUGGUUGGAGGUGGGGAGCGUGUACGAGCCCCUGUUUGAUCCUCGUUGUUCCAAAGAAGGUUGUGGGGGGUGGGGGCGGUGUGCGUGCAGCGGCGUCGAUGGAGUGUCACCGUGUGUGGGACACGACCAAGUGCAAUACAGCCGUUCUCGUGGUGACAUCCCGUCAUGAAAGGCAGAUGAUAAGCCAUGUUUACACGUUGUACAUGUAAAGAGAAAUAAAACUGUUUAUACUA